AUUGUGAGCGAUGAUUGGUUGUAGCUCCCACGUGCACUACUCGCCUUAGUACCGUCUAGUGGUCAUCUCGUGCUGUCAGUUUAAGCGGUAAUAAAACCAAUACGGUCUUGUGCAGUGUCAAAAUUAUAUUGGAUAUAGAAUCGUCGGAUUAAUAAUACUUAGUUCCACAAAUCGCGUUACAAUGGCGCCGUUCAAUUUCGAAGGAAGUUUCGCAGAUGUCACAGAAAAACAAUUGGAAUUUAUCAACGACGUAAUAGAAGAACACGGUUAUAAAGGCAGUAAAGUUACAUUUGCAGAAGCGGGAGCUGUAGGUGACAAUUAUGCUGCAAAUGUAAAAAGAAUCAAAGUGGAAGGAGAAAAAGGAACCUUAUCGAUGAUCGCCAAAAUAGCACCAAAGAAUGAAAUGGCUCGAUAUCGCUUAAGUGCAGCACUUUCGUUUGCUAAUGAGCAUCUAAUGUACUCGGAAUACAUGCCAAAGUUAUUACAACUACAGAAAGAAGCAGGAGUACCAGAGGAUGAACAAAUAAGAUUCCCGAAAUGCUACGGAACGAAUAUUGAAGAACCGAAUGAAGUAAUACUAUUGGAAGACCUUAAAGUAGAAGGAUUUACUAUAAUGAAUAGAAUGGAAUCUCUAACAAACGAAUGCGUGUCUAGUGUACUGAAGACCUUGGCAAAAUUCCAUUCCCUGUCUUUUGUACUAAGGAAUAAAGACCCUGAGAGCUUUAGUUAUUUCAAAGACAAUUUUAAGGAUAUGUGGGGAAGGAUAGUUGAUUUGCCUCCAGAAGAUCAGGCUUCUUUUGAGCAAAUGGAAAAUGUUUCUAUCAACUUAGUAGAUGACCCAAAAUAUAAAGAUAUAAUAAAGACCAAAGUAAGUCAGAUGCCAGCAAGAACUGCGAAAAUGACCGAAUUUGAACUUGAAAGUCCGUAUUCAGUUAUUCAACAUGGAGAUGCUUGGACCAACAAUAUUCUAUUCAAGUUUGAGGGCAAGGAUUUGAAGCAAACCGUAAUGAUUGAUUACCAACUAUCAAAGAUCUCCAGUCCAGUCAACGAUCUCCUCUACAUGAUCUUCAACUGCACAGACCAUGAAACUAGAAUCAACAACUAUUACAACUGGUUGGAUUACUACCACGCUGAAUUAGAAAAAUCUUUGGAGAUGCAUGGCUUCAAAGUUGACAACGUAUACCCUAGAAGUCAGCUUGAUGCUGAUUUGAAGAGAUACGCUGAAUUGGCUUUUGGUUGUAAUGUUUUAAUCUCAGGUAUCCUAAUGGCUAAUCCUGAAGAAGCUAGUAAGUUUAAAGAUGCAUUUGAAGCUACAGACGCUGAUGAUAUAACUAAUGCAUUAACUAAUAUCCAUGAUGAUACUGCUGUCCUUUUAAAGAAAAGACUUAUUGGGUUAAUUGAAAGUUAUAUUGCUUUUGGUUUACUGUGAGAUAAUGUUUUUGUGUUUUUCUGAGGUUUUAAAGUGGUGGUAGCUUCCACAAGUUACCUACUGGCAAACCAAAGGUCAGAUUAUGUUGUUAGCAUUAAGAAGUGUACCUGCAUAUCUGUAUAAUGUAGGAAGUUUAAAAUAAAUAGUACCUCAUCUUUAAAUUCAGAUUGUCUUCCCUACUAAUCAUUUGUUUCAAAUAAUCUGACUGAUCAAGCUCAUGAAUGGAAUACUAAGUUAUAUUAUAUUUAAAGUUAUAUUUUUUCGAUAUUUGUUUGUGUAUCUGAUAAUUUAGUGUAAUAAGAUUGUCAUUCCUUUAUAUUAAUUGUCGAAGAAUUGUGUUGUUAUUUUUAUUUUAAUGUGUUACUCAAUUUGUUAAUUUUAUAAUUCGUUAUUUUAUAAUAAUAAAUUGACAUUAUUUUUA